GCCGUGGGGAAACCGUGGAUUCUAAGAAACAAAUUUCAUCCUUACAUGUCCCAGUCUUCGCUGGAAUGGGGAAGGACAUUCGGUCCUGGAAGCUUGUAGACUCAAAUGCUCGUCGGGAGUCAAAUGAAGACGAUUUUGCACCGAAAGAUGUCACCCGGCACCACAGAAACUGUCUACGGAAACAUCAAUUCGUGCCCUGGCCUCAGGCUGGGUUAUUACACUCUUCAAUAAAGACGAGAAAAUGUGCGUCUAUGCAAGACAGCAAGCGAGUAAGACUCGAAGUGGAGUCAGUGGGCGAGUCGUGCGUCCUAAGACCGAGAUUAUCUCAAAGACUCUGCAAAGAAGAUCCAGCUUCCCCGGGGAACUCUGAGAGUCUUAGCUUUGUGCCACCUCUCUUAGCCGGAAGAUUGGAAAGAAACUUGGGCUUAGCCCCUGAGGAGGCAAAACGUCUAUCUAACUUACCCACUGAUGUCAAAAAAGAACGAUUUUUCACCACAGACGACGAGCAGAGGAUGGAUCUCAUGAGGAAAAGCACUUUCUCAACUGCAAGUCCUUAUGAAGGAUGUGAGAAAUACGAUAAGGACUUUGUAAACAAAGUCCAAAGUGAUCCUAAGUCUGUAGGUCAAGAAAUAAGGAAAGCGUCAAGAAGGACCAAGCCAGCCAACUGGCCAGCGCUGUACAGCCUCCUGGUGCUGCUCUGCGCCAUGAUGGCUCUGUCGGUCAGUGCAAGGGGCGGGCCGUACCGUGCUGGCAGUAACCAGAACUGGCGGGAGAAAGAGAAGCAGAAGCUCGACGAGAUCCUGGGCGAAGGCGUGUACGACAAGCGCAUAAGACCUUCUGGUAUCAACGGUACAGAUUCCUCGCAUGAUGAGCCAACUCUGGUCACAGUCAACCUACUCCUGCGGUCAAUUAGCAAAAUUGACGACUACCACAUGGAGUACAGCGUGCAACUCACAUUCAGGGAGGAGUGGAACGACCCUCGACUACGCUACAAUAAUAUUGGCGGAGGCAUCAAGUACCUGACCCUGACUGAGCCAGACAAAGUUUGGAUGCCGGACUUGUUCUUCAAGAACGAAAAGAAGGGACAUUUCCACGAGAUCAUCCUCCCCAACGUCUACCUCAGGAUAUUCCCCAAUGGGGGAGUGCUCUACAGCAUCAGGAUAUCGCUGACGUUGUCAUGUCCGAUGAACCUUCAGCUGUACCCUCUGGACACGCAGCUCUGCCAGCUGCUACUUGCCUCGUAUGGCUGGACCACGGAAGACCUGAUCUUCAGGUGGCUGGCUGAGAAGCCUGUCCAGAUACCGGGCAACCUCCACCUGCCUCGUUUCACGCUCGAGAACUUCUACCCGAAAUACUGCAACAGCAAGACCAAUACUGGUGAAUACUCCUGCCUGCGAGUGGACCUGCUUUUCAAGCGCGAGUUCUCGUACUACCUCCUAACCAUCUACAUCCCCUGCUGUAUGUUGGUCAUCGUGUCCUGGGUCAGCUUCUGGCUGGACCAAAACUCGGUGCCUGCUAGGGUAUCCUUAGGCGUCACUACCCUGCUUACCAUGGCCACGCAGACCUCGGGUAUAAACCAGUCCUUGCCACCGGUGUCAUACACCAAGGCAAUCGACGUAUGGACGGGUGUGUGCCUGACGUUCGUGUUCGGAGCGCUGCUGGAGUUUGCUCUCGUGAACUAUGCGUCGCGCUCUGAUCUGCACCGUGACCAGAUGCGACGGCAGCAGCGGCAGUGGGAGGAGUUCUCCUUCGAAGAACCUUCCACUUUCCCCAUGAAGCCCUUGGUGCGCACUCACACCGGAGGUAUGACCCUGGACAAGGUACGUGAGUGUGCCAUCCACAUGCCCCAGCAGCGUAGGGGCUGUAGGUCCUGGCUCUCCAAGUUCCCCAGCAGGAGCAAGAGGAUCGAUGUCAUCUCCCGCAUCACUUUCCCUCUGGUCUUCGCGUUCUUCAAUAUAGUUUAUUGGUGCACGUACCUCUUCCGGGAGACGAGAGAAAUACCAAACUAA